AGCCUUGGUUCAAGCCCCAUCAUAGGUGAACGACGGCCGCUGUCGCGCCAGCAAUGGCGCUGUCGCCCCAAUGGCGCCGUUGUCCGACAUCCCCUCUGCGCCUGGGGGUGUGUCAUGGACGUUGCUGGUCGCCACGCUCUUCAUGGUCUUGUGUUCCUGUCCAGCCAGCUGCUGCAGAUGUCUAAGAUCGGGAGUCCAUUGCCCUCGGAGCUGGAGGACAUCUACGACGACGAGGCUGAGCGCGCCACCUCGAACAUGUACUGCAGGGCGAAGAGCACCGUCGGGCUCCUCAAGAGCGUCUUUGACAUCGGGGUGUUCUUCGCGUUCUGGCUUCUGCGGGGGUUUCCUUGGCUAGACGGCCUGUGCGUGAACCUGCAGCUCGGUGACCUCUGGACCGGAGUGGUCUUCGUGGGCCUGUUCGGGAUCGUGUCCAGCAUCUUGGACUUGCCGUGGGAGGGCUACAGGACUGUCGUACUGGAGGCGAGAUUCGGUUUCAGCAAGACGACUGCCAGGACUGACAUUCAUCAAGGACAGGCUGAAGGGGCUGGCGCUGAUGUUUGUGCUGGGUGGUCCCGUCGUGCUUCUGGUGCUCUGGUUCUUCACUGCUACAGGACCCCUCCGGCCCCGCGCCUGGCUCUGGGUCUUCCUGGCGCUGGCGGCCACCCAGGUCGCCCUGGUGUUCCUGCCGCCGGCUCUGCUCCUGCCCGUGCUCGUGGACAUUUCGGGGCGCGAAGGCCGGAGCCGUGCUGUCCAUCUCCUGGUCGGACAGGGAGGGCCUGUGGGCGCUGGCCGACGGCGACCCGAUUGGCCCGCCGACCAGACCCCGACGAUCUACGCGCUGAGCGCUGGGGCACAGGCUCCAGUCGCUGGGCAAGUGACGGAGUGGGUGCUCACUUCGCAUGCCAAGUCCCUUGCCAAGGACGCCGUUGACGCAGGCAGCCCUGAAGAGCCGCUGCUGCCAGACUCUGCGAGGUCUUCGUGUGUCGAUGUCGGCUCCUUGAGGACCAGACUUAAACUGUUAUCACUGGCGGAGAAGCUGGGUUACACAGGCGCGAACAUCUAUGUCGUCGACGGGCCCAUCCAGGGUGAACACAGCAAUGGGUUCUGCACGGGGUUUGGCAGGUUCCGGAGGAUAUGCCUGUUCGACACGUUGCUGCCUGUCAUGCAGGAGAACGAGAUGGUGGCCAUGCUCGCACAUGAAAUUGGGCACGACAGACUCCACCACGCUCACGCUCGCCUGUUUUUGGGCAUCCUGAAAUUAUUUGUCACCCUGUUCGCGAUGGGACAGUGUCUGACGUCGCCGGUCAUCAGCUCCGCGUUCUUCGUGCCAGAUCCAAAGGUGUAUCUAGGGAUCGUGUUGUUCGGCUACGUCUGGGGAAUGAUUGACUUCGUCGUGUCGAUCCCUCUGAACGUGCACAGCCGCGCGAACGAGUUCGCGGCAGAUCGCUAUUCCGUCGAUGCAGACAAGUCCUACGCCAGAGCACUUGGCGAUGGGCUGAAGAAGCUCCACAAGAAGAGCAAGGCAAAUCUGACGACGCCGCACCCUUUCUUCGUCUUCCUGUCGUGCUCGCACCCGCCUCUGGAUGCCCGCCUGCAGGCCAUCAUGCGGCACCACAGGAAGAAGUGGUCCUAGCUGGACAGCCCCUUGGGAGCCGUUUGAGGGAUCGUGGCGGCCCCUGGUGUCGCCAAGGUCGCCAGCCUCCGUCCAGGGGCCUCGGCGCCCGCGCGCCGCCCGGGCAGAUGGUGUGCAGGCCCACCUCUUGCAGGGCGGGCGUGCCGGGCAGCGCCCCCGCCAAGGCUUCGGCAGGCGCCCCCAGGACGGCUCUUCGGACACAGCGGCUGCCAGGGGCCGUGUGGGUUCGCGCGCGAACGCCACCUUCUUGACGGACUUUGCCGCGCUGGCGGCCCGCGCGAGCCAGCACGCAUUUCGUGGUGCCUUCGUGCGGAAUGAUUUCUCGUCUUCGUGGCCGACUUCUGUGUGCUCAAGCUGGACCCUUAUAGGAUGCACCUUCGCGGCUCCGACUCCGUUAGCAGCGGCAUGCGGCGGCGGAGACCAGUGGCGCGCGCGGGGAGGUGACCUUCCGCUUUUCCUUCUCCUGUCCAGCUUCCCAUCGCUACAUACUAGUAUGUUCAGUGUUGCUCGAAC